UGUGUGUUGUUUAAAGUUGGAACCAUUACCCACCGCUUCUGGUUCUUCCUCAGCGUCUUAUCUCCUCUCCGCCUCACCAUGUACCCCACAGAGGAGAGAGAGAGACUCACACUCUCAUGGCGCAAAAUCCCUAACCACAAAUGCCACGCCGUUCGCCCCCGCUCCCUCCGCAACGCCACCGUCACCUUCGCCGCCGCGGACACGAAAUUUGCCUCCGUCUCCGUCGCCCAACCCAAACUGCACCCCGAUUUCAUGCCCACUCCCUCUCAGCUCCUCAAGCACCCCCUCGCCGCCUUCGCCGUCGUGCCCCGCGACGCCGCCCUCUUCUCCGCCGGAGCCAUCGCCGGGGCCGCCGCUAAGACCGUCACGGCGCCGCUCGACCGCAUCAAGCUCCUCAUGCAGACUCAUGGCGUGAGGGUUGGGCAAGAUAGUGCUAAGAAGGCAAUAAGUUUCAUUCAGGCCAUAGCAGUUAUAGGGAAAGAAGAAGGCAUUCAAGGUUACUGGAAGGGAAACCUCCCCCAGGUGAUUCGAGUUGUACCUUACAGUGCUGUCCAGCUAUUUGCUUAUGAAAUUUAUAAGAAAAUAUUCAGGGGACAGAAUGGUGAACUCUCUGUUGUGGGAAGACUUGCAGCAGGUGCUUUUGCUGGAAUGACAUCCACUUUCAUAACUUACCCAUUAGAUGUUCUAAGAUUGCGAUUAGCUGUUGAACCUGGUUAUCGGACCAUGUCAGAGGUUGCCUUGAGCAUGCUAAGGGAGGAAGGAUUUGCAUCUUUCUACCAGGGCCUUGGGCCUUCUCUUAUUGCAAUAGCUCCUUAUAUUGCAGUGAACUUUUGUGUUUUUGACUUAUUAAAGAAGUCAUUGCCUGAGAAAUAUCAAAAGAGAACUGAAACAUCUAUACUCACAGCUGUCCUUUCGGCAUCUCUUGCGACACUUACAUGCUAUCCUCUGGACACUGUGCGAAGACAGAUGCAACUGAAGGGUACACCUUAUAAAACAGUAGUAGAUGCUCUUUCAGGUAUUGUGGCACGUGAUGGAGUUGCUGGUUUGUAUCGGGGAUUUGUGCCAAACGCUCUAAAAUCCCUACCUAACAGCAGCAUCAAGCUUACCACAUAUGACAUUGUUAAGCGCCUACUUGCUGCUAGUGAGAAAGAAUUUCAAACAAUUGCAGAGGAAAAUCGCAACAAACACAAGAACACUAACAAUCAAUGAAUACUGAACUUAGGAUUUUUAUUGUUUUAACCAGUUUUCUCCCUGAAAAUUUUUGUGGAAUUAAUGCUAGUCACCAUAGAACUUGUCGUUAUUUGUGGGUAUUACUUUAGCCUAUAUCUGCGGACAGUGAUGAUGAUAUUAUCCGUCUGCCAAUGCUUCUGCAUCCAUUGGCUGAAAUUUUGUAGAAUAUAUGUUUUUGCUAGGUGCGCUGUAAAUGCUAUAUUCUUUUGAUGAUUUCA